AUGGAUGCCGACCAGUUUCAACAGUUUAUGGCGAAACAAAAUGAGCUGGUGACGAAGCUGGUUGCUGGCCUACAACAGCGUGCUGUGCCGGCGUCGAACAUCAGUUCCGUGGUUCCGCCACCACCGGCUCUCUGUCUUGACGGAGACAUGGAGGAGAACUACGAGUUUUUCCUAACCAACUGGAGAAACUACUCACAAGCCGUGGGCAUGGACAGUUGGCCGGCGAAUCAGGCCUCAAAAAAGGUCAGUUUUCUGAUGUCCGUCAUCGGAGAAGCUGCGCUCAAAAAGUAUUACAACUUCGACCUGACAGAGGAUCAAAAGAAAGACGUCGCCGAGGCCCUGAAGGCUAUCAAGCAGAAGGUCGUGCGCAGCCGUAACUUGUUCGUGGACCGAUUGGAUUUUUUCGCGGCGAGUCAAGUGUCCAGCGAAUCCAUCGAUGACUUUGCAGCCCGGCUGAAAAGUUUGGCGAAACCGUGCAAAUUUGCACUCUUGGAGGACGAGUUUAUCUUGUUCAAAAUAGUGACCAGCAACAAGUGGGGCCACCUGCGGACCAAAAUGUUGAGCAUGCAGGAUCUCACAACGGGAAAAGCAGUGGAUAUCUGCCGCGUGGAAGAGAUUGCAGAGCAACGUUUGCGGCACCUCUCCUUGGAGUCGCCGGUGGUCAGUGAUGUGAAGAAGAUUAACAAGAAGACCAAGAAGAAGCUGCAGCGGUGUAAGUUCUGUGGAGAUGAGCACGAGUUUGUGAAGGGAGCGUGUCCAGCAUACGGCAAGAAAUGCAAGCGUUGCGGCGGCCGCAACCACUUUGAGAAGGCGUGUAAAAUCGAUCAACCCUGGAAGCAGAAGCGACGCCACCGUCGUGUCAAGGAGGUGAAGGACGACGAGAGCAGUUCCGAGGAACGCUCUGAAUCCAGCAGUGUGGACAGCGACGACGAAGAAAGUGAGCACGAAGUGCAGAUUGCCAAAAUCAAGUCCAAGUCAGCUGUGGAGAGUAGUGCUUUGGCGGUUCUGGAUUUCAGGCUAGGCCGGAAGUGGAAACCAGUUACGUGCGAGAUCGACACGGGUGCGGAUGCCACAUUGAUCGGGUAUAACUGUUUGACUGAGCUUCUUGAAACUCCGAACCCGACACUGCAACCAACAAGCAUCAAGCUGAAGUCUUUCGGUGGCAACCCGAUACCAGUGUUGGGACAGGUUAUGCUACCUGUAAAACGAAAAGGCAAGCGGUUCCAGCUCGUCCUGCAAGUCGUUGACUAUGACCACCGCCCGCUCUUGUCGCUUAAGGCUUCACAGUCACUGGGAUUUGUGAAGUUCUGCCGAUCGGUGAAGAUACGCCGACCAGAAGCAGCCACAGAAGAGGAGAAGCUGCUCAGUGUCUACAAGGUGAAAGCCGAAGCAAUCGUCGAGAAACACAGUGACAUCUUCGCUGGCUACGGCCGGUUUCCCGGAGUGGUUUCCCUGGAAGUGGACGAAAGUGUGCAGCCAUCUAUUCAGCAUCCUCGUCGGGUCCCAAUCGCUUUCACCGGAAAUUUGUAG